GGGAAUGGGCCGCCACGGCUGCCGUAGCCCUGGUCUCUAUGGUGACCGGAGACACAGGAAGAGGAAGUCAGUCCCUGGCUUAGACUGUGGUGUCAGUUAUAAUCGGUGGCAGAAAGCAGGUGCUGGGAAUAGCGGAUAUGGCCUUACCUACACUCCCAUCAUCUUGGCACAGUCGUAGCAGGAUGCUUGAGAAACAGAUAGUGCGACAUAGGCAGCAGGAAGCUAAUUUCCGUCAUGAGUGGGAUCUGGCAAACCGGUAUUUUAAAAAGUCUGAUGUGUACAGCAAUAAACAAGCCCAAUGGAGUUCCCGUAUUUCCUAUGAACAGAGCAUGAAUGCUUAUCACCGUGAGAAACAAAAAGAGGAGAAAAAAAAGAACUUAGAGCGCCGGAGAGAAGCAUUGCGCAAAUUAUUACAAGAGGAAAGGGAUUUGCUGGAAGCUGAACUCCGAGAGCUCUCUCAGUACAGGGAUCCUGAUAUUGUUAGCAUGAGAGAGAGAUCAGAGGAACUAAAAUCCGCUCGAGAAGAGCGAAGAAAACAGCUUGCCGAUGAGUUAUUGUAUGAACAGUGGAAAAAGAGCAACGUGAAGCUACGUGAGGUGGAAUCCAGUUUGCAUAAAAAAUAUGUGGUCAAUGCAUGGGGAGAACAGGUCACAGAAAAAAAUCAGGAAAUAAUUGCAGAGGAAGAAGAGAAUAAGAGGUUUGAGAACCAAUAUGAGCUUGCAAGGCGGGAGGCUAUAGAGAAUAUGAAGAGGGAAGACGAGAGACGCCGGGAGGCGGAGAAGGAGCGUGCAGAGGUCCUGCGCCAACAAAUGGAGGAACUCAGGCUGAGGGAGGUGGAGGCCCAGAAGUUGAAGAAGGAACAAGAGGCUUUAUUAAGACAACAGUGGGAAGUAGAGGAACUUCAGGAGAAAAGAAAGAAGAUUGAGGAAAGCAGGAAAAAAGCAGAACUUGGUCACUUUCUGAGUCGUCAGUACACAGCACAGAUGAAACGGAGAGCACAAAUGGUGCAGGAAGAGCUGGAAAUGGACAUGAAGAUUCUUUCUGCACUCUUAAGUAAGGAGGAUGAGGAGCAGCGCUUACGUUCAGCCAGAAGGGAGCAGUCUGCUGCUGACACUGCAUGGAUGAGACGGGUCAUUGAAGAGCAGCUACAUCUGGAGAGACAAAGAGAGGCAGAGAUUGACACUCUCUUCAGAGAAGAAGCCAAGCAGGUGUGGGAGAAGAGGGAGGCCGAAUGGGAGAGAGAGCGGAGUGCGCGAAACAGACUGAUGAGAGAGGUGCUCAUGGAGAGACAGCUACAGAUCCAGGAGCGGAUAGAACAGAACAAACGUGAACAAAGAGAAUCCCUAAAAUCACGUGAGAAUCUUCUCCAAGAACUGGAAGAAGUAAAGCAGCUGACCGCUAGAGAGAAGGAGGAGGAAGAGGAGCAGAAGACAGCACGCAGAUUGGAGCUGGAGGCACAGAUUUCCGAGCAACAUCUGCAAGAAAAAGAGGCUAUGCUGCGGCUGGCAGAGGAGGAAAAAGAGGACAAAUUAGCAGGAGAACAGGAAGAGGAGUUGGAAGACCAGGAGGCAGAAAUCAUGACACAGAGAGGUUAUCACCAAAAGGUGUUUAGCCGGCCGAGACCUGCUUGGUUAUGACAUGGCUAAUAGUAAAUGAAACAGUCAUUACUUCCAGCAACUGCUCCGUCCUCGGUGCUUGAUACCAUCCGGAACAAAGGUCUACAUCACACUUACUUUUAGCAUUCCAAUGUAAAUAGACUUUCAUUUGUAAAUUAGUUUUUUUAUCGUAUGUAUAAAACUUUCACUCAAAGUGAAAUCUGAAAUAUUAAUGUAGGACACAUAAAAUAUCUGUCCAGGCACAUGCUGCCACCUUGGAGCAGAAGCAAAUCUGUAUUUCCACUGAAAUAACUACCCCCAGUAUUGUGGAAAGGUAAACGUAAAGUGUAUGGCUGACAGGGUAAUUCAGAUCUGAUCGUAGAUGUGCUAAAUUUUGCCCGUGCACUCCACAAAGUGAUUCAGACUGCGAUUCAGUCUGAAUUACCCCCAUAGUGCAUUACUGCUUUCGAUGGAAGAGUAGCGGGCACACUCUGUAAGCUUUGUGUUACCCUAUAUAAUCAGUCCUCUACAAAUUGUUUGAGAUUAUGCUAAGGAGUUAUGUUAAUGUAUAAUUGUGGUGUUAAACCUACUUUGGUUAUUAAAACAGUCUUCCUAGGAAAGUGUGUUUUAUCAUAUUACUACAAUAUUAUGUUGGCCAGUUAAAAACACGUCCUUUCACCAGUUUUACCUAUAUCAACUCUGUCCUCCCCAAAACACACUCUGAUGAAGUAAGAGGCUCUUAAUAGCUUGUAAUUAGCAAGGGGAUAUGCAUAAAGGGUGAUGAAUACAAUGGAUAUUUGUACUUUACUCAAAUUAAUGUUUCAUUCAUAGUUGUGGUAUUUUGAUGAAGGCUUGACACACUUGUUGUUUGUGGAAAAUAUAUUCUAUUUAACCUUAAAUUAAACUUCACUAGAUUGGUUACAAA